AUGGUUCACGGUGAUAGCAGUGCACUUUAUCCAUGCCGUGUAUUGCUCGAUUCGGCCUCGCAAAUGCAUUUUGUUACAGAACGUUUUGCGAAUCUACUAUCGCAGCGAAAGGAACCAGUAGAUUAUUUGGUUAGCGGAUUAAAUGGUUCAAAUACACGUCUUAGAAAUAUGAUUAGAACCACAAUACAAUCUUGUAAUGGAGGAUUUGCAACGGAAUUGCAGUUUCUAGUUGCUCCACGAAUCACAGGAGAUGUUCCGUCAAAGUCUUUCGAUAUCUCGAACUGGCCAAUCCCCAGCGGAAUCGAGUGGGCCGAUCCAGCAUUUAACAAACGAGGACGCAUCGAUAUGUUGAUUGGUGCUGAAAUAUUCUGGGAUCUUGUGAAAGAUGAUCGUAUUACUCUUGCAAAUAACUUACCGGUUCUUAUGAAGACUGAACUUGGUUGGAUAGCCGGAGGAGUGCUAACUGAACAAAGCGCAGUUCUUGCUCAUUCAUUUUGCCAAAUUGCCAAUGAAGAACGACUUGAAGAUUUACUGAAGUGUUUUUAUCGGCUGGAAUCAUGUGAUGAGAUAAAUACUUCUAGGAGAAACGAUCAAGAAUGCUUAGAUCAUUUUAAAAUGACUCAUACUCGAGAUAAGGAUGGCAGAUACUUUGAACGGCACCCCUUCAAUGAACGAAAAAAUGAAUUGGGUGUUUCCCGCGAAAUGGCAACUCGACAAUUCCUGAAUCUGGAGAGACGUCUCGAUAGGCAACCAGAGCUAAAACAGCUGUACAUUGACUUCAUGGAGAACUACGAACGGCUGGGUCAUAUGAGUAAGAUCGAGUUAGACGGAAAUGAGGACCCAGAGUCUGCAUUUUACUUGCCGCACCACGGCGUGUUGAAGCCUACGAAUACGACAACCAAGUUAAGAGUUGUUUUUGAUGGUUCUGCCAAAAGCUCUACUGGUGUAUCCAUCAAUGAUGUUCUCGAAAUUGGACCGGUCGUUCAGCGUGAUUUAGCUUCUAUUUUGAUGAACUUCCGAGGAUUCCGUUAUGUCUUUACAGUUGACAUCCCGAUGAUGUUUCGACAAAUCGGUGUGUUGAGCCCCGAUAGCAGAUACCAGCGUAUACUGUUUAGAAAAGGCCAAGAUGAAUUACUGACAACGUGGGAGCUAAAAACUGUCACCUACGGCUUGGCCCCAUCCCCAUUCCAAGCUACGAUGGUGCUGAAUCAGCUUGCAGAAGACUACCAAAAUGAACUUCCAGAAGCUGCGUACGCUGUCAAAAGAGGAACUUACAUGGAUGAUAUUUUGACGGGAGCUGACACACUGCCAGAUGCCUACAAACUGCUACAAGAUGUGAAGGCGUUACUUGCCAAAGGAUGUUUCGGUACGCACAAAUGGUGUUCAAAUGUAGAGGUUUUAAUGAAGAAUGUUUCUGAAGAGCUCACAGGAGAUAGAUUUGAUAUUACUGACGACAACUCGCGUGCGGUUGUAAAAACCUUGGGUGUUGUAUGGAACCCAAGGGAAGACUGGUUUUCAUUCAACGUUGUGAAAUGUGAAGCUAGUGCUAUCACCAGAAGAAAGAUUUUGAGCGAGGUAGCAAAAAUAUUUGAUCCUCUUGGACUGAUCGGACCUGUCAUUACAACAGCGAAGUUAAUACUGCGGGAGAUUUCGAUGCUACAAACGGAUUGGGACGAUCCAGUCCCUCAAGAUUUGCUGCGAGCAUGGCAAUCGUUUCGGAAGGAAUUGAUGCAAUUGAACGAUCUUCAAGUACCUAGAUAUAUUUCUUCUGAAGAUGCUGUGACCGUAGAGCUACAUGGAUUUUCCGAUGCCUCGGACCAUGCCUAUGGGGCGUGCGUUUACGCCCGCGUCGUACAUUCUGACAGAACAACAACGAUGAAUUUGAUUUCAAGCAAAUCCCGAAUUCUUCCUAAGAAAUCAAAUAAAACCAAGGCUAUAACGACCCCUCGCGGGGAGCUCCUAGCAGCAGUACUGUUGUCACGGCUUAUUGACAAGGUUCUGCAGUCUUUUGAUCUGCGGUUCGAUUCUGUUAACCUAUUGACUGAUUCGAGAAUUGUAUACUGUUGGAUUAAGAAACCUCCGCAAAGCCUACAAACCUACGUCUCUAACAGAGUGGCUGAAGUACAGAAACUAACGGGCCACUUUCAGUGGCAUCACGUACCGACAAAUCAAAUUUUAUAUCCCGUGGCCAGCGCCCUCGCGAUUUAUACGUGA